UCUAAAUCAUCCCGCGGAUCUGAGGCUGCAAUAUAUGCCUCGGUGCUUUUUACGAAGGGCGGAUGUUGUUCUCGUAGGCUGUCAGCGCAGAGUCUAGCUCGGCAUCUCCCGCCGCGCCUGGUGAGGGACUAGUGGACAUUGCGGUCGGCUUCGACGUCGAUGCGCUUGUCUGAAAUCUGGACAGGUGAGCAAGGGAGGUUUGGGCGAUUGUCGAUCAUUAAUGGCCGGGUGACCUCGCAUUGCACUGAAACGGAGAAAGACCUUUCAUCGCACGAGGGCUCUGACAUUGCCAAUGCCGGACGCGGGUCACGAGCUCUUCUUCUUGUUUUGGCAGUCUGCCAGAUGCAUCCGAACUUCAUUGCAUGCUGAGCUUGGCUCUAGACGAGAGGUUUCGUUUGGUCUUCUGCAGUCCCGUGUGUUGAUCAAUUUCUGAAGUGCAUUCCCGAUUAAGGCUUCGGGAUCACAGAAGAGGGGGCCCGUUAUUCUCCAGACUCUUGAGUCCAGGUCUUGAGAUCACUAGUGGUCAGAAGUGGUUUGCCGGAGUAGGAGAUAUUUAGCAAAAGCCCUGUGGCGAUCAUAGGAGUUCAGAGUUUGGGGCAGUGAGGGUGAAGGUUUUGAGCAGCCGACGAAGAUGGCGAGUAGAAACGCCUCAGUUGUCACCACGGGGCGGACCCAGGAUGAUACAGGCAUUUUAAAUAAGGAAGUGUUCAAGUAUGCUAGUGUAAGAGUACCUUUAGCAACUUCGGCCGCUCUCUUGCCGUUCUUUAUUUCAGGGAUGCUCUGGGUUUCUACCUUUACGCCUUGGUCCCAGUUCUUGCUCGGAGGAUGUCUGGGCGUGAUAGUCAUGUUUUCCUUCCAGCUUUUCCAGAUCCAUCGCUCUACAGUCCGCAGGCAUAAGGCUCUGCAGGUAGCUCAGUUGUCGGAACUAAUUUCCGGCGACGUGAAGAGAAUAAUUCAGAAAGACGAUCAGCCGAAUUGGGUCAAAUUCAGCGAAUUUGAAAAGGUCGAAUGGCUAAACAAGGAGCUUGCAGAGGUGUGGCCGUUCCUUGAUAAGGCAGUUUCUGGAAUUCUGAGGGAACAAGUGGAGCCUGUUUUGGAACAAUAUGCCUUUGGAAUAAUUGAGAAGCUGAAACUGAAGAAUCUUACACUUGGAAACCGAGCACCUCGAUUUGAUGGUAUAAAGAUCACUGAAGGAGCUCUUGAUGAAUGUGUUAUUGAAACUCAAUUUCAAUGGGAUCUGGAGAAAGAGAACCUUGUGCUGAAGAUUCACACACCUGGACCUGAUUUCGAAGUGAAGGUCAAGGAUCUCCACGUGAGCGGAAUACUGAAAUUCAUUUUGAAACCUCUCUUAAACGAGGUUCCUGGUUUUGGUGCAGUUCUAUUAUCCUUUUCUGAAGCUCCAGACCUAGAUUUUAAUCUCAAGUUCCUGGGAGGGGACAUCGGAGCUCUGCCGGGGGUCGAAAAGCUGAUUGAUGAUUCUAUCAGAUCGGCUCUGCUAGAUACGAUGGUCUGGCCAUGCCGCAUUGUGGUUCCAAUUGCCAAGGGAGACUUCAGCUAUUUGGACUUACGGCCUGUUGGUGAACUUGACGUGACCCUUGUGGAGGUAAACGAUAUAAUGAAGACAGAUGUUAUUGGCAAGUCCGAUCCUUUCGUCAUGUUUUACGUCAGGCAGAAAGCCGACAAGAUAAAGCGCAGCAGCACCAAGAACAACAAGAAGCAUGCAGUUUGGAAUGAAGGGUUUAUCCUUGAGGUUGAAGACCAACAGGCCCAAACACUGACAGUUCGUUUGAUGGAUGAGGAGUCAAUCGAGAAGGCUCAAUACAUAGGGUCGGCUGAAUAUCCCCUCUCGCAGAUGAAACCGGGGGUAGCCGUGGAUGUCUGGCUGGAUAUGGUGGAAAACCCACACUCAACGCUGGCCUCAAACCCAAGAGGAAGAGCUCACUUGCUUAUGAUUUACAAACCUUUUGAAGUGAAUACCGAAAGAGUCAACAAAGGCAAUCAUGAAAAAGAAGAUUUGCCUUUGAGUAGUUUUGGAGAUGAGCCACAUAUUUAGAUGUAUUCAUGUGCACCAGAAUGUAAUUAGAAUUCCACUAUGUAUCUGUCUUAUCACAGUAUAGAUGAUGUAAAGUAAUUUUUGUGCCUCGUUUUGUGUUUUAUCAUCGAUUGUAACUUCUCAGUAGAAUUCAUCAAUUAAAAUCUUAUUUUUU